AUGCUCACCCUCCCUCUCACCCUGCCUCCCCCUCUCACCCUGCCUCCCCCUCUCACCCUGCCUCCCGCUCUCACCCUCCCUCUCACCCUGCCUCCCCCUCUCACCCUGCCUCCCCCUCUCACCCUGCCUCCCCCUCUCACCCUGCCUCCCGCUCUCACCCUCCCUCUCACCCUGCCUCCCCCUCUCACCCUGCCUCCCCCUCUCACCCUGCCUCCCCCUCUCAACCUGCCUCCCCCUCUCACCCUGCCUCCCUCUCACCCUGCCUCCCCUUCUCACCCUGCCUCCCUCUCUCACCCUGCCUCUCUCACCCUGCCUCUCUCACCCUCCCUCUCUCACUCUGCCUCCCCCUCUCACCCUGCCUCUCUCACCCUGCCUCUCUCACCCUGCCUCUCUCACCCUGCCUCUCUCACCCUCCCUCUCUCACUCUGCCUCCCCCUCUCACCCUGCCUCUCUCACCCUGCCUCUCUCACCCUGCCUCUCGCUCUGCACCUGGAGAUCAUUGUUCUGUUCAAAUGCAAAUCACUGAAGUGA